AUGGCGAUGAAGCGCAAGUUGUCCCCCACAGAGGCUGACUUCGCCGCGGACGACCACCACCAGCCCGACACCGCCAGCGUCACGACGGCGACAGGGCCGGAACCAUGGGCAGCGACGGUCGGCGCCGCGGCGGCUGCACAGCGGGCUCGGAAGCGCUUCGUGGGCGUCCGGCAGCGGCCGUCGGGGCGGUGGGUGGCGGAGAUCAAGGACACCAUCCAGAAGAUCCGGGUGUGGCUCGGCACCUUCGACACCGCCGAGGAGGCUGCCCGCGCCUACGACGAGGCCGCGUGCCUCCUCCGCGGCGCCAACACCCGCACCAACUUCUGGCCCCGCGCAGCGGCCCCCGCGGCCGCCUCGGACGGCCACGGCGGGGCAGGGUUGGCCGAGAACCAUGGCCACCUCCACCACCACACGCCGCCGCCAUCGGCUCUCCCCUCCAAGGUCACCAACCUCCUCCUCCUCCGCCUCAAGAGAGCGCGCAGCAUCAGCGACGAACACCACAUUAGUGCAAGUGCCACUGCGCAAGAAGCACUUGGGCAGCAGCAGCAAGACCAAGAGGAGUACGGCGCCGGCAACUUCCACGUCGACGACUUCCUCAGCUACGACUCGAACGUCGACGAGCAUGGCGUCGUGAAAUACGAGGAGGACUUCCAUUGCCCUCGAGACGCGGAUGAUGAGGAAGAGGAUGUGUCCGAGGAGGAGGAAGAAGCGCCUCUGGACUUCGGGUUCAUGGACGCGCACCCGUCUCCCCCAGGGGACGUCGGCGACGCGGGGCUUUUCGCACCGUUCGAGAUGAUGGCGGCGGAGAUCGGCGGGGCGGUGGAGGCGGAGGCAGAGGCUUCGGAGUACGGCGGUGGCGAGAACGAGAACUCGGCGGCAAUCCACGAGGUGAUGAAGAGAAUGAAGUACGAGCGGAAGAUCUCUGCCUCGCUCUACGCGCUCAGCGGCGUGUCCGAGUGCCUCCGCCUGCGCCUAGGCAACUCCGGCGCCGUCGGCCACGGGCUGGCGCUCUCCGGUCUCAGGGAUGCGUGCAUGAGGAAGCGGCAGGAACAAAAUCAAGAAGCGGUGGUAGAUUGCGUUGAGGGAGGCCACGAGGAAAGCUCGAGCAGCAACAGCAGCUCGUCGUCUGAGGUAGCGAGCUGUUCGCCGGAGGCGGUGAUCUCGUCGCCGAACGCCGAUGCCGUCGACAGCGAUGUGGUGAUGUGGAGCUCCUUUGACCUGGCUCCCAUCUGCUUCAUGUCAUAA